GACAAACCAUGACUAAACAUGUUGAGUCAUGUUAAAUGUUGUUACAAAGCAUGGCCAAUCAUGACUAAACAUGUUGAGUCAGCUUAAAUAAUGUUACAAACCAGAUUAUUUCCCAGUCACAUGAUGUGAUGACAAAUAAAAGCUGGUGGCUGAAAGAAGCCAAAUACAAAUAAACAGUCAGAAAUAAAUAGAGAUACAAAACUUGGUGGCUGAAAGAAGCCAAAUAAAAAUAAACAAUGAGAAAUAAACAGAAGGUCACAUGCUUGAUACAAAUACAAGCCGGCUUUACAAACGAAUUAGCCUCCCAGAAGGGAGUGGUAGAUCAGUUGACUUUUCAGGUCAGCAGUAUCGCCUGGUACCUGAGCAACAGCCACAGGGCCACCACAGCAGCCAGUUCAACUCCACCAACAUUCAAUCCGCCACCCAUUGUCAUCCCCGAUACCCCCACAUUCCCUGACUUUGGCUCAAUCAGCGCCUUGGGUCGUUCCAUCACCAACAAUGUCUUCACUCCGGAUGUGUUUUCGACCAACACACGUCCUGUCGGAGAUGGCUCACCAGUCGCAAGGCAUGAGCAGGUACCUACACCCUUCACCUCUACCAUCAACCCUGUCCCCACCAUGGGGGAAUCCAGUCCACACAGUCAUCCAGUUAGUGCACUUCUGGUACCGGCCCCUGCUGUCCCAAUGGCAUCUAUGCCCUCCACUAGUACCCUUCACACCAUGCUCACCGGGCCACCACAUCUGCCAGCAGAUGGUCAGUCCCUUUCGGCUCCUUUGCCAAACCGGGCAUUUGCACCUCAAUCACGGCAACAAGGUCGGUUGAAUGUACUAGAUGGUGUAUUAGAUUGA